CAAAGUUUCAGUUUGCGCUCAUGGAUUUCUAGAGUUAUCGUACAGUCUCGCGAUAUCUGACACCUUCAAACUUCCCCAUGAACCUUUGCGUGUUCUCUUUCCAGCCGGCGCCUGAGAAUGGGUAUCUCUAGGGACAACUGGCAUAAACGCCGCAAGACCGGCGGCAAACGCAAACCCUACCACAAGAAGAGGAAGUAUGAACUGGGUCGCCCCCCUGCAAACACAAAGAUUGGACCUCGCCGUAUUCACACGGUGAGGACCCGCGGUGGCAACAAGAAGUACCGCGCUCUGAGGGUCGACGUGGGUAACUUCUCAUGGGGCUCUGAGUGCUGCACUCGUAAGACCAGGCUCAUUGAUGUGGUGUACAACGCCUCCAACAACGAGUUGGUGAGAACCAAGACAUUGGUGAAGAACUGCAUCGUUCUCGUCGACAGCCUGCCUUACAGGCAGUGGUAUGAGGCCCAUUUCGCCACUCCUCUGGGACGCAAGAAGGGAGCCAAGCUGACUCCCGAGGAGGAAGAGGUGAUCAACAAGAAGAGGUCGAAGAAGAUUCAGAAGAAGUUUGACGAGCGUAAGAAGAACUGCAAGAUCAGCCCUCUCCUGGAAGAACAGUUCAUGCAGGGCAAACUCCUCGCAUGCAUUGCCUCCAAGCCGGGCCAGUGCGGCAGGGUGGAUGGCUACAUUUUGGAGGGCAAGGAGCUGGAGUUCUACCUGAGGAAGAUCAAGGCCAAGAAGGGCAAAUAGAUCCGCUGUUUAAUACAAUGUCAAUAAAAACACAAAAGUCCCA